GCGGGCGCCGGCGCGGGACGGACUCCGGGCUUCUGCAGGAAUUUGCCCCGCUGGGCUCGCAGCGAUUGCGAGGUCGGAGAACGUGGGGCGUGGGGGCCCCUCCGGCUCCCUCCACCGAGGUGGCGCAGGGCCGGUCGCCGUCCGGCCAGGGUGCGGAGAAUGGCUCGGCCAGGUCCCAGCGCCCGCGCUUCCCGCCACCUUCCCUCGGAGGGACCGCGGUUCCCCGCGCGUCGCGGAGGCGACUGCUGGGGCGGCCGAGCGCGACCCCUCCGACCUGAUGCUGGGGAUCUGGGCGUGAGGAGCUGAAGCCCCGCAGCCCGGCUGCUGCCACGCGUGCCCCGCAUCCCCCGGCCUCACUUGCGAACCGCACCUCGGGGGCCUUCGGAGGACGCACAGGCGCAGUCCCGGGGUGGGGACGCGGGGCGCGCCUUCAAGGCGGAAAUGCGACUUCUCCUGCUUGUGCCCCUGCUGCUGGUUCCCGCACCCGGGUCCUCGGCUCCCAAGGUGAGGCGGCAGAGUGACACCUGGGGCCCCUGGGGCCAGUGGAGCCCCUGCAGCCGGACUUGCGGAGGAGGCAUCAGCUUCCGGGAGCGCCCCUGCUACUCCCAGAGGAGAGACGGAGGCUCCAGCUGCGUGGGCCCAGCCCGAAGCCACCGCACUUGCAGCACCGAGAGCUGCCCCGACGGCGCGCGGGACUUCCGGGCCCAGCAGUGCGCGGAGUUCGACGGCACCGAGUUCCAGGGCCGGCGGUACCAGUGGCUGCCCUACUACGGCGCCCCAAACAAGUGUGAGCUGAACUGCAUUCCCAAGGGGGAGAACUUCUACUACAAGCACAGGGAUGCUGUGGCGGACGGGACACCCUGUGAGCCUGGCAAACGGGAUGUCUGUGUGGAUGGCCGCUGUCGGGCUGUCGGCUGUGACCACAAGCUAGACUCAUCCAAGCAGGAGGACAAAUGUCUGCAGUGUGGGGGGGAUGGCACCAGCUGCUACCCCGUCACGGGCACCUUCAAUGCCAAUGACCUCAGCAGAGGCUACAACCAGAUCUUCAUCGUUCCCAUGGGCGCCACCAGCAUCCGCAUCGAGGAGGCUGCUGCUAGCAGAAAUUUCCUGGCGGUGAAGAACAUCCGUGGCGAGUACUAUCUCAAUGGGCACUGGACCAUCGAGGCCGCCCAGGCCCUGCCAGUGGCCAGCACCAUCCUGCAGUACGAGCGGGGCGCCGAGGGGGACCUGGCGCCUGAGCGGCUCCAGGCCCGGGGCCCCACCUCAGAGCCCCUGGUCAUUGAGCUCCUCAGCCAGGAGCCUAACCCCGGUGUGCACUUCGAGUACCACCUGCCCCUGGGCAGCCCUCACCCGGGCGUCUUCAGCUGGAGCCACGGCUCAUGGAGCGACUGCAGUGCCCCGUGUGGUGGCGGUCACCAGUCCCGCCUGGUGUUCUGCACCAUCGACAAUGAGGCCUACCCCGACCACCUGUGCCAGCGCCAGCCUCGGCCAGCUGACCGCCGCCCCUGCAACCCUCAGCCUUGCCCGCAGACCAAGCGGAUCUCUUACCUGCACCGGCCCGGAGCCUGGCGCCGUGCUGGGGCGCAGCGUGUGUGUGGGAACAGCUGGACGGCAGGGCCAUGGGCGCCCUGCUCAGCCUCCUGUGGAGGUGGCUCCCAGUCCCGCUCUGUCUACUGUGUCUUGUCUGAUGGGGCUGGUGGCCAGGAGGCAGCCGAGGAGGCUGCGUGCGCAGGCCUGCCUGGGAAGCCCGCGACCACACAGGCCUGCAACCUGCAGCGCUGCGCAGCCUGGAGCGUGGAGCCCUGGGGAGAGUGCUCUGUCACCUGUGGUGUUGGCAUCCAGAGGCGGAGUGUUACUUGCCGGGGUGAUGAGGGGUCUCUGCUCCAUGCCUCCGCCUGCUCCUUGGAGGACCAACCACCCCUCACUGAGCCCUGUGUGCGUGAAGCCUGUCCCCUCCUCAGUGACCAGGCCUGGCACGUUGGUGCCUGGGGUCUCUGCUCCAAGAGCUGCAGCUCUGGGACUCGGAGGCGACAGGUGGUGUGUGCCAUUGGGCCGCCCAGCCACUGUAGGAACCUGCAGCAGCCGAAGCCCAUGGAGGUGGAGCUCUGUAACCGGCAGCCCUGCCAUCUUCCUCAGGAGGUUCCCAGUGUACAGAACUUGCAUGCCGGUCCCAGGGAUCCCUGGAUGCCUUUGGGUCCUCCGGAAGCCUCAGACUCUAGAGACCAGCGUUGGGCUGCACAGGUGCAACCCUGGGCCCAGAGCAACCCCAGAAGGAACCAGGGCCUCCACCUAUCAGCCCUGGGCCCCGUCCUCUCUCCGCAGCAGUCCCCACACUGGCUGCCCCCAAGUUCUGGCUCAGGGACUAGUGACUGCAGGCACAGUCCCCAUGGGUGCUGCCCAGAUGGCCACACAGCGUCUCUUGGGCCACAGUGGCAAGGCUGUCCAGGGACUGGGGCCUCAUGUCAGCAGAGCAGGUAUGGGUGCUGUCCCGAUGGGGUGUCUGUGGCUGAGGGGCCCCAGCAGGCUGGCUGCACAAGAUCUGGGAGCAGACCAGGGUCCCAGGCAGUGCCUUCCAAGCUUUCUCUCCAGGUUCCUGAGGCCCACAGGCCCCAGGCCCAGCAGAAUGAGCCCAGUGAGUGCCGGGGCUCCCAGUUUGGCUGUUGCUAUGACAAUGUGGCCUCUGCAACUGGCCCCCUUGGGGAGGGCUGCGUGGGCCAGCCCAGCUAUGCCUACCCUGUGCAGUGCCUGCUGCCCAGUGCCCACGGCUCCUGUGCAGACUGGGCUGCCCGCUGGUACUUCAUUGCAUCUGUGGGUCAGUGUAACCGCUUCUGGUAUGGUGGCUGUCAUGGCAAUGCCAAUAACUUUGCAUCGGAGCAGGAGUGCAUCAGUAACUGUCGGGGGCCCCAACGUGGACCCCACCAUCCUGAGCCUGGGGUCUCUGGCCCGAGCACACACACAGGUGGCCAUAGCAGCAGUUCUAGAGACCCACAGGAUCCUGGUCGGCACACGACAGGAGCUACUGCUCCAAGACCGCCCUUGUCUUCUGGUGGCCUCUGGCGGGGAGAACAAGAGCUUGGACGUGGGGAGGCCACCUUUGGAGAACAAGCUGGGGGCCAGGAGCUUGGUCCCAGGACCCCUGGACUGGGUGGGAAUGCCAGACAGCAAGUGCCACCCUCCCACAGUUCCUCCUACAGGAUUAGCUUGACAGGUUCGCAGCCCUUCCUGGUGAAGGCAGCCCUGGGGCAGAUGGUGCAGCUCUUCUGUCCCAGUGACACCUCCUUGGAACCACAGGCUGGGUGGCAGAAAGAUGGCCAUCUUCUCUCCUCUGACAGGCACCAGUUGCAGUCUGAUGGCUCCCUGGUCAUCAGCUCCCUGCAGGCGGAGGAUGCUGGCAUCUAUAGCUGUGGCAGCAACACACUAGGCCAUGACUCCCAGAAGAUCCAGCUUCAUAUCACAGGCGAUGACAUGGUGGUGCUGUCUGAGACUGAGCUGAGGCACUUUCCUCAGACCAGGAACCCAGUCCUGGGCCAUAGUUCUCAGGACUUCAGCCUAAGGGGGGAUUCUGGGGGUCUGGCGGCUGUCUCCUCCUCACACCCACGGCCUGCAACCAGGCUGCGUCUGGACCGGACACAGCCUGGGGUGGUGGACACCAGUCCAGGUCAGCGAAUCCGGUUGCCCUGCCGGGCUGAAGGCUUCCCUCCCCCGACCAUCGAGUGGCAGAGAGAUGGGCAGCCCCUCUCCUCUCCCAGACACCAGCUACAGCCUGAUGGUUCGCUGGUCAUCAGUGGAGUGGCAAUGGAAGAUGGUGGCUUCUACACCUGUGUUGCUUUUAAUGGGCAGGACCGGGACCAGCACUGGGUCCAGCUUAGAGUUCUGGGGGAACUGACAAUCACAGGGUUGCCUCCUACUGUGACAGUACCAGAGGGAGACACAGCCAGGCUACUGUGUGUGGUGGCAGGAGAGAGCGUGAACAUCAGAUGGUCCAGGAAUGGGCUGCCAGUGCAGGCUGAUGGCCACCGUAUACACCAGUCCUCAGAUGGCACACUACUGAUCCACAACUUGCGGGCCAGGGAUGAGGGCUCUUACACAUGCAGUGCCUACCGUGGAAGCCAGGCAGUCAGCCGUAGCACAGAGGUGAAGGUGGCCCCAGCGGCACUGACCGCACAGCCCAGAGACCCCAGCAGGGAAUGCAUCGACCAGCCAGAGCUGGCCAACUGUGAAUUGAUCCUGCAGGCCCAGCUCUGUGGCAAUGAGUAUUACUCCAGCUUCUGCUGUGCCAGCUGUUCCCGUUCCCAGCCACACACUCAACCCAUCUGGCAGCAGGGGUGAAGGCUACCUCUGCUCUGAACAAACCUCUGUGAGACAGAAGAUGGAAUCAGCCUCCUCUCUCUGGCUGGCAUCAUAUUCCAGAGACACUGGCCCUUUCAGACACCCACCCAGUGUUAUGCUUCGGCAGCUGCCAGGACCAGCCUCCUCUCGGAGUGCCUGUGUCUCUGAUUACAGAUGGCUGCUGCUGAGUUGUCAAGAAGAGGAAUCUGUUUGAAGAAGGGACAACCUUUCCUCUACAACUUCCCUUUGUAAGUUCUGUUAUAGGUUGAGAAUUCCUUGUCUGAAAUGCUGGGACCACAAGUGUUUCAGAUUUUGGAAUAUUUGCAGACUUUACCAGUUAGGCAUCCCUGAUCCAAAAAUCUGAAGUGCUCUAAAAUCUGAAACACCAAGUGUCAUGUCAGCACUUUAAGCAACCUGUCAGGGCUUUCACUUGAUUUAAAGCUGGGCAGAGAGGUGUGUAAUGGUUUCAAAGUUAACACCUGCCUUGUAACUGGGAUGCCGACUCCUGCUACCAGGGAAGUAUUCUGUGCUGAAACUGAGUCUCACGUGAGAUCAAACAGUGGUCCAUUGCUCUAGUCUCUCUCACCUUUCGAAGGAGUGUAGCCGUCACCUUCGAAUCCCAUAGGGUCAAGAACAUACUGCUGGUGAAACCUCUUAGCAAAGUGGAAUGUAAGACCUCAGUAUAGGGAUUAGGAAUGAAAGAGCCACAGUUGAUAUUGUCAUCUGAGCAUGAAAAAAUUGGAAAAGCUGCUUACUUCAUUGGAAAGCUGGACCCCAUUCCUGAGGCCAACAGGGAAAGCUGGCUGUGAAGGUUCAUCUUACUCCUUUGUAAAGCUGACCGACCUGCUCUGCAGUGACAAUGAGAAGCCUCUCUUCCUUAACUGGAAAUCUGUGAAGCAGAAUGUUUGCUGCCAGAGAAAGAUCAGACUACUGUUAAAAACAGCAUUAGCAGGAUGAGGAACCAGUGGGUGGGGCAUGAGGGCAAAAGGGAAGUGGUUUAGAAAUGAUUUGAGUUGGAGGAAGUCAUUCUUUACCUCUGAGAAUUUCUAAUUCCUCAAUGCUGAAACAAGAGGUCUGGAUUCAAGGAGCUUCCAAGUCCUAUUUCAUUUACCUUUCUGCCUAGUACCAAAGGUUAUUUUUUUAACAGAGGAAAGAUAAGCAUUACAGGGAUCAAAGUUCUGAAAGGUAUCUUUUAGUACCAACACACUGUCUGGAAUAGACAAUGUAUCAUGGGUGAUACUUCCUGGUCUACCUCUUGUUCAACAAAAGAAACAUGGGCCAAGGACAGACAUUUUCUCUUUCCAUUAAAAAAAAAAGUACUGAGACGCAUCCCUUUUCAUUUAUCAUGGCUGUUUUGCUAUAGAAAUGGAAAAAUUUCACGGAUUUCCUAAUUUAAUGAAACCAGAAUUUGGCCUAUUAGCACACACACUUUAGAAGGUACAUCUGAAAACAGCUAGCUCUUUUGAGCUAGCCCAUUUUAGAACUAGUCCCAGAAUAGUGGCUAAGUUUAGAGGAGAGAGCCAAACUCAAGACCAAUGGUUCUCAACCCUCUUCCAGGGUCACUGAACCUAGGGUCCCCUGACCACCCCGCCCAGUAACUGAAACUGAUUUGUCUUGUGUAUAGGCUGGGCAUCCAAAUUUGUGUGUGCACGCUAGGGGUGGGGGCUCUCACAUGAUAACUAUGAGCUUUACUACUGAGUUACACCCCCAGCUCUAGGCAUUAGCAUUUUAAAAGCUCCUCAGGUAAUUCUAACGUGUAGCCAAAGUCAGGAGGUACUACUCUAGCCCCAGGAUGGGGCUGAGAUUCUGCCUUUCCAGCCAGCUCCUGGGUGAAGCCUAUUAUUCCAGACCAUGUGCCAAGCAUCAAGAAUCUGAUGUUAGGCUUUGAUACUGUUGGCAACUCUUAAGUACAAAUGAAAAUGUAAAUUUUUAGGAUAUAUUUUUAGAAUAUAAGUCCCAAUAAAAGAUCUCUGGCUACUAAACUAGGAAUCUGCAGGAAGAGCAGAGUGGAGAGAAAAUAACACCAAAGAGAACUAAAAGCAAAACUCAUUUGCAAAUAAAAGGAAAAUAAAAACAGUCCUUCAUGGACAAAAACUUCUACCACGAACAUUUAUUUUGUUAAAGCAGAUUAUAAAUUCUCAUCAGUACAAAUAUAUAUAUAUAUAUAUAUGUAUAUAUAUAUAACUUACAGUUGAUUGUAAGGCCAACGUUCAAAAGUAAAAAUGAGAUGGGAUCUCAUGUUGUUACCCGAGGUCAAGUGGCUGCAACUGGCAAUGGGAUGAUCUGCUCACCAUAAAGGGGCGGGGAGGUGGGAGCACAUACACAAAACUAAUAAAACCAGAAUCCCCAUCCUACAAAACUUGUGGGAACAAUAUUUAAAGGACAAAACCCACUAAGACCCACAUUACAAACCAACACAGUAACCUGUGUUCCCUUUUGUGGAUGAUUAUGUCAUUGUCACCUUAGUGUUAAACAGUAAAGAAUUAACAUAAGGAAAUUGCAACAAUAUAUAAAAUACAUACUUUCUAGAACAUAUUUAGAUUGAUUCCAUUAAAAUAAUGACAUUAGAAUUUCAACAUAGGUUUAAAACCAGGACAAUACUGCUUUCUUCUUUAAACUACAAUCUAGUGAACAUAUUGGUCAUAAGCAUGAUUGUUGUUGCAAUGUGCUACUUACAAUGAAUGAUAGCGAACAAGCUAGGGAUCCUGUCUGCAACUCCAACCCUUUCUCUUUUUACUUCAAUAGGCAUCAAUGAUAAAUCAAUCUUAUGUACAAUUUCUUACAACUAACCUUUUACUUUUGGCAAGAUUACUUACAACUCAUACAAUUUUUUAAUAUUGAGAACUAUUUAAAAUAUUCUAAAUGCACAAAAAUAAAGAUUUUUGGCUUUUUUGAUAUAUAUUUAUAAUAUUUAUUCUGUUACUCAAAAUGGAAGCUUAACUUUACCCCCAAAAUAUAACUCUGCUGGAUAGUUGCUGAUGUGCCCUCCCAGGAAUUCUGGCAGCACCCUCUGCCUCUCUUCCUGGCCUAAGCACAGACCAUUCUUGAUCUUUAAGACAGGUCAGUACUAGGAGGAGGCAGGGGAAUGGCCUGAAAAGUAAAGGGAGAUUGUUUUGCUUUUAUUCCUGUAAAUGUGCUUUAAAUACAGAUUCCUGUUCAGAUACUUUGGCCUUUCUAUUGUCAGAGUAUUGUAAGGGGGCAAGGGAAGAGGGUUUAGAGAGCACAACAUUUUCUUGACUUUAGCUUAGCUGCAAGACAGUCUUUGCUAGGAAUGGCUUUCUUCACUUCUUUCAAAAUCACCCCUCACUGCCUGGACUUGUUCCUUGGGACGUUUGGGAUUAGUGAAAAGUAUACUGAUCAGGAAUAAAGUCUUUUUUUGCUCCUUUGACCUCCACCCCUGCUUUUACCUAGGUACAGACAAGACCCAUAAGCCAGAGAGAUUGCUUAAAGUUCAAUUUCAAAUGUCUUCUGUAAGUCACUGGAGAAUGGGUUGGUAGGGGAGGGAUUAGUACGCUGCUUGGACUUGCUUUCUAAUGCAGCCCACUGGGCUUCAAAAGGAUCCACUGGGCAGGUGCCUGCAGGAACCUCUGUGUGCUUGUCUCCUGAGGCCAACCUGCCAUCGUCUACACCAUUGAAAGCUGCAGAACCGUUGAGGUGCUGAGCAGGAGGCUUAAAGAAGGGACUGGUGGUAGCACUGCUUGUCUCAUACUGAGGGAAUGUCUGUUGCUUGACCAGGCUGGGUGAUUGAUGGGGAUGAGUGGCCUGAGGAUGGCCUGCAGUGCCAAACACAUUGGCUACCAUCUGUGAGGGGGUGAUGCCCACCACAGGCACAUUAGGGGCUGGAUAGGACAUCCCGUUGGCCACAGGAUAGGAUUGGGCAGGGACAAAGGCUGGUGGCAGGGGUGGGACCACACCCACUGGCACGGGCUGAGAGGUGAGGAAUGCAUUCCCUUGGAAAGGCUGUGCUGGCUGGGAAAUGGCAGUGGGUGGAGGAGGCUGGAGAACUGGCUGCAAGGGGGCAGCUGAGGCCUGGGGCUGCUGGGCUCGGACACUCUUCGACACUUCUUCUAACCAGCGGUCAGCCUCAGAGGGAGUACGUCUAUGACCACCGUGGAAGAGACCUGGAGAGGCAGCACCAGAAGAUUGAGCCCACUCAGUCCCUGGAGUGAGGAAGAUGAAGACAGACAAAAGAAGAGUUAUUGGCCUCUUUUCUCAUAUUAUAACCUUGGUUAUUUGAAGGACUCUAAUAUGUGGGACAAGUACCCCUAAUGGGUCACUUUGUGGUUCUGGCAGAUGGGAGGAAAGUAUUAUCAGCUGAAGAGAUUUUGUGAUAGGACAAAGAGAACCUGUCAGACCAUUCUGCUCUCAGCUAUGUUGAGAAGCUGUUUAGAUAUGACUCAAAUGCAUUGAACCAAGGCAGCUGGCUGGUGUUGGGAACCCCACCUUGCUGCUAUGGUUCAUCCAAGGUAAAGAAAUUAGCAUGCCAUGUUCUAAAAGGCUUGAGGGAUCCUUCUUUGCUCUAACAGGGCAAAAAGAAAAUAACCAGUGACCUGGCCAUAGUUUGCUGGCCCCUGCCUGGUUUCCAGCUGUAUGUUGUCUUUCUGCUGAAAGACUAUUGCUAUUUACAAAUUUUUUGGUUUUAUAGUUAAUAGAUGUUCAUUACAGGAAAACUAGUAAACACAGAAAAUAAAAUUGGUGCUUAAUGUAGCACUUUUUGUAGGCCUACCAUUGCAGGAGGCAGGUUCCCCUCCUUUUCCAAUUGGCAUGUAUGCAUAUUGCCAAAUGUGAUAGAUUCUCUGGGGAUGGGGUUCAGGAAUCUAUUUUAUAAAAGCCCUAUGGGUGGCUCUGUUCUCUAUUGCUGUAAUCUCCUUUGUUCUUCACCAUCACUAUUCUUUCUUACUAAUGGUUUGUUUCCAGGAGGGAACACACUUUUUCUAAAAGGAUUUUUUCCUUAGUUCCCACUAGGUAACUGGCUGAUAUUAGAAUCAGGGCCACUUAUCUGAUCCCAGAAUCCUCACCACCACCUGUGGCCACCUUACCCGGACGAGUGGCUGCAAUUUCCUUGUUAGCAGCAUCAGGGGCAUGGGCCCAAGGGUUGGUUUCACGCACAGGCAUUGCUACGGGUGCUAGAGCAGUAUGGGCUGGCUUAGCAGCAAGCACAUGGAAGGUUGAGUCAGUGCCAUUAGCUAUAAUGGGAGCAGACAACAUCAAUGGAGUUAAUUCAUGCAGGGUGUACAAGUGACCCUGAGCUGGGUCAGUCAGGCCAAUGAACAAUAUUGGUAGGACAGAUAAGAUGGAAUAGUUGAUGUUGGAAUAACCAUGCUAUCUUGCAGUGGACACACAUACCUUUUGGCACAGAAGGAUUAGAGGUUGUAAUUAAAAUGGUUAUACUGAUAAAGUCAAUGGCUGUUUUGGGAAAAUAUGUGCAUGAGGAGAGGGGAAAUUAAGACUAUAAAAACAAUUUCAAAUUAAGUAAAAUAGCUGGAUGCAGUGGUGCAUGCCUAUAUUCCAGUGACUCUGGAGGCUAAGACAGGAGGAUCAAAAGUUUAAGACCAGUCUUAGCAAUUUAGUCAAACCUUGUCUCAAAAUAAAAAGGGCUGGGGAUAUAGCUCACAAUGCUAUAGGUUCAAUCUCUAGUACCCAUUCUCCCAAGUUAUGUUGAAUAGAGCUGCUCUUGUGAGCAGCAAAAAACCCCUAACUAUUCCAGAUAUAACAGCCUUUGGCUUAAUGAGGUAGAUAAAAGCACUUCCCUUUUCUACACUUUUCCCAAAGGUCAAAUUAUGCCAAUAACAACAACAACAACAAUAACAAGCAGGGUGCAAUGGUGCACACCUGUAAUUCCAGUGGCUGGGGAGGCUGAGGCAGGAAGAUUGCAAGUUCAA